GCGUUUUAAAGGCAUCCAUAGAGGCCUACGGCUCCGAAAGCAGCAGCAGCAGCAGCAGCAGCAGUAGCAGCGCGUGCGCAGACCCGCAGCCGGGAGCAGCAAUAGCAGACGAUGCUGCUGAGGCUCGAGAUGAAACGGGCCUGCCAGCUGCAGCAGCUGCUGCCGCAGCAACAACUGCAGCAGCAGCUAGGAUGCUGGGCAUGGCGGAGGCUACAAUGAGCAGUGAAAGCGCUGCUGCAGCUUAUGCUGCAUCAGGAGCAGCAGCAGCAGCAGCAGCAGCAGCAGCUGGCGAGGCCAGCGGGAGCUGCUACGGGAAAAUGAUGCUGCACGGGCUGGAGCUGAACACAGCAGCAGCAGCAGUGACUGCAGCAACAGCGGCCAAUGCAGCCGCAGCAGCAGUAGCGACUGUGCGAGCAGCAGAAUCAGCAGUAGGUGCUGCAGCAGCAGCAAAAGAGUACUUUGGCUGCCUCGACAGCUUCCACGAGCUGCCGAUUCCUUUGGCUUUGCCAGACCGCAUUUGUAAUUUCAUAGUGACGGGAGACGGCGCUGCUGCUGCAGAGCAGCAGCAGCAGCAGCAGCAGGUUGCUGCUGACGCUGCUGCUGCUGCGGACCUCGCCGCAGCAGAAGCUGCUGCAGUUUCAGCAGGAGCUCCGGGGCGCAGCGUGAGUGCUGUGCUGGAGCGGGUGGACUCAGCAGCAGCAGCAGCUGCAGCUGCCGCUGUCUCUCCGCAAGGCGUGUCUCCUGCUGCAGCAGCUCGGGCUUCCGCUGUGGCGGAGGCAGCAGCAGCAGCAGCAGCAGAGGCUGCUGUUGCAGCAGGAGGGUCCGACGCCAUUGCUGCAGCUGCCGCCUCUAUUGAGACGCGAGCUGCUGCUGUUGCUGCAGCAGCGGCUAACGCGGCUCAGCAGCUGGUCAGCGCCAGACACCCGCCGGGUCUCCUCCUGGUGCAGCUGCGGGAGGCGGAGCAGCAGCAGCAGCAGCAGCAGCUGUCGACGCUGGCGUUUGCGCUGCUGUUUCCGCUGCAUGCAGCACAGCAAAAGCGGCUGUAG